AUGAGGAUACGCCUUCCGUUCGCAGGAGUCUUCUUCCUGCUGCUCCUCCUCGCAGGCUACGCUGGCCUGACCUCCCUCCAGGUUGGGGUCUACGUCAACGACAAAGUCCUCCACGCCUUUACCUUCUUCCUCCUCACCGUUGUCUUCUACUGGAUCGUCGACACCAACCGCCGGCGAACCCUCCACUUCACCUUGGUGGUGUGCACAUUAUGUCUGGGCGUCGGCUCCGAAUUCCUACAGGGCUUCCUACCGAACGGUCGGGACUUUGACUUCUACGACAUCGUCGCCAACCUGGUGGGGAGCUUAGCGGGGCUGGGGCUGUGCUCAGUGUACCACAAGCGCAUGUUGGAGAGGAAGAGGAGCCGCAAGACAUACACCGCCGUUCCUGAUGGGGAAGACGAGGGCGACAUCGAGCUCGGCGAAGGCGUCGUUGGCGCGCAAGAGAGCGGCAUUACGGAGGCCUCAGGCGCUGCAGGCGAAGGCCCGUCUACCAAGGCAACGACUUUAGAGGAGGAGGUCGACAACUGGGAUGAGAAUGCGCCGGAUGACUGGGAUGGAGUAGAUGAUGUGCAUGACGAAGAGCCGAAGAAGCGCGCUGACUGA